CAGAUGCGGGCCCCUCGAACGCCAACGCCGAGAUCCUCAGCCUCCGUUACGUCACAGCUCGAUCAACUUGGAAAGACCAAUAGCUUACUGGAAUUCGGAACCUGGCUAGCGCUGUGAGGACGGCCGCCGUACCCGCGAAAUUGUCUGGCAAACGAGAGCAGCGACAGCAUGACAAAGUCAUAGCAAUCACGAGAUGCCCCUCUACCCUUCCCAAAGGCCUCAUGUGCCCACCUAACACCAUCGCACCCGACGCCGUGGCCCCUUCUAGGGAUCGACCUGUAUUGAGAGCCUAAGUCAUCGGUGAUAAGAAUAGCACGCACACGAGUCCGCCGGGAGCCGUCCCCUAAGUCGAACAUAUAUAGGGCGUCGGGUCCUCUUGGUGGGAGUCAAACAUCCGCUCGUCCGAUUGUUGCGAUUCACAGGCUAUCCCCCCGAAAGCUCAAGUCCGACAUGACGAAGUUCAUUGCUGUCUGUGGCGCUACUGGAAACCAGGGCGGCUCCGUGGCCAGACUCCUCCUGCAGCAUCCCGAUGCAUAUCGCGUGCGUGCCCUCACUCGAGAUCCGCAGUCUACCGCGAGCAAAGAGCUCGCCAGGCUCGGCGCGGAGGUCGUCAAGACGGACCUCACUGUACCCUCGGACGUGCAAGCUGCACUGCGUGGCUGCUGGGGUGUCUUUGGCGUGACCAACUUCUAUGACUCGAAGAUCAAGGAUGAUCCCGGAAGCGAAGAACACCAGGGGAAGAAUCUCGUCGAUGCAGCCCUCGACAACGCAGUGCAGUGCUUUGUGUGGAGCACGCUUCCGAGCUCCAACAAGAUAUCUGGAGGCCGCUUCAUCUCUCGCAUUUAUGAAGGGAAGUACCACGUAGACGACUACAUCCGCGAGAAGGGGCUACCGGCAGUCUUCCUCUACACCGGCAACUUCUAUGAAAAUAUGGUCCUCCGCUCGCACAUGAAGUACAAUCAUGACCUUGACCGAGUGGAAUUCCACCAGCCCGUCAUUAAGGAGACGACCAAGCUGGCGAUGUUGUAUGUGCAGAAAGACCUCUCCGCGGUCACUAAAGCCAUAUUCGACCAAUGGGAAUUGCGCAAGGACGACCUCAACCAUAACUAUCUCUACGCCGCCAACGCGCGCGUCACUCCGCUCGAGAUUCUAGCCAGCGUAAAGAAAGUGACAGGGAAAGACGGCACGUACAUCGUCCUGCCGACGAGUGGCGUCCCAGAUCGGGACAUCAUGUUCCAGCUCUAUAACGAGAUGGGCAUGUACGGGGCGAAGGAGCUUCCGGACGAGAACAUCCUGAAGCUGGGCGUGCAGAUGCAUGGUGUUGACGACUUCGUGCGCUUGGUACUGGCUCCCCAUCUUGGAUUGCCGGUCUAAUAGGACGCUGUAAACCAUCGCCUGCCCUACUGAGGUCCUCACUGUGGCACAGGCGACGUCCUGAAAUAGCUCCUUGGAGCUCGUACCGAGGCCUGCGGCUCAUGCAAUUCGAC